AUGGAGGCCGGAGCUGCCCUUGCACGCCCUGCAGUGCGAGCAGCACCAGUAACUGCUGCAGCAGCAGCUGCUGCUGCUGAUCGUGUGUACGCUUCGCAGCAGGCGCAGCAGCAACCGCUGCGCAGCCCUUUGCUGCAGCCAAACUCGCUCUACGAGCUGCAGCAGCGUCAGCAACACGAGCAGCAGCAGCAUAGCUCGCUUUCCCCGAAGCUGCCGCUGCAAUGGCACCAGGCCGGCAGCACGGAGCAGCAUCAGCAGCAGCUGCUGCAGCUGCAUCAGCAUCACCAGCAGCUGCACCUGCUGCAGCAACACCAGCAGCAGCACCAGCUGCAGCAGCAGCAGGCGCAACAGCAAGAGCACGACCAGAAUGUCCACGAGGAGCUAGAGCGGUUGCGGCAGCAGGUCGCACUGCAGCAGCUUCAACUGCAGCAGCAGCAGCUAACUCAGCAUCAGCAGCAUCAUCCGCGCUCUCUGCAGCAGCAGCAGCAGGACAGGCAGCACAGAGGCGUGCAUCCGCAGAGACAAGUGGCUACUUUGUCUUUAGCGGGAUGCAGCAGGGGAGGCGCGCUACUGUCUGCGGGUAGCCGCAGUUCUACCGCAGCAGCAGCAGCAGCAGCCGCAGCAGCAGCAGCAGCUUGCGGCUGCGGCGAGAGCUCUGCAUGCCCCUGCAUGGACCCCACGUGGCACCUAAGCCCCUCGCCCGAGACGGCCGCUGUUGCUGCUCCAGCUACAACAGCAGAUGCAGCAGCAGCGGCAGCAGCAGCAGGAGCAGCAUCAGCGGAUCACACAGCAGCUGCAAGAGGGUGGCUGAGCAGCAGCACGCAGCAGCUGAGCAGCAGCUGCUGCUGCUGCAAUGAAGAGCUUAGAGACUUAGGACCUUGCGGCGUGGAGGGCUGCUGGUGUGCUGCUGCUGCUGCUGCUGAGGCAGCGGGGUCAGGGUCGGGUCUACGCGUAGAGCUGAGUGACCCCGAGUGUCCGCCCUUCUUGUUUGGCUGCUGCAUCUCCAGCACGAGUUUUGCUGCGCUGCAGCAGCAGCAGCAGCUUCGAGUGGAUUUCAAAGCCUUUGGAUUCAGAGUGUUGGAUUUGGUGAAGGAAUGCAUUGCAGAGGCUGCAGGAGAGCCGGCGCAGCCAAGGCUUGUUGCGGUGCUUGUUCUGUCUCCAGAGGCUGCUGCUGCACAAGCUGCUGCUGCAGCUGUUACUGGGAUUGCCGGCGCCUCUGGUGUUGCUGCUGCUGCAGCGCCAGCGCUGCCUCCUGGGGAAGGUGCCGCCGUAGCCGCCGACGCACGGCGAGCGGCGGCAGCAACAGCAGCAGCAGCAACAGCAGCAGCAGGAAGGCCCCCCACGGCGGUGCUAAGGCUUAUAGAAACAAAUGCCUUUAGAGAAAUUGUUCAUCUGUAUUUCGACUUGCGGGCAGGCACGACUGCUGAGGUGUACAGACACCUCACCGCCCACCUGCAGUACUUCCAGCAUCACUGUGCCUCGUUUCGCGGAACUGCAGCGGAGCUCCAGCGAGAGAACCGCCAGCUGCUGCUGCUGCUGCAGCAGCAGCAGCAGGAAGCGGAGGCGUCCUUGCUGCAGCUUGCCCAGCAACAGCAGCAACAGCAACAGGAUGCGGCUGCUGCUGCAGAAGAACAGCAACGCCAAAUGCUGCUGCAACAACAGCAACAGCAGCAGCAACAACAGCAGCAGCACGAGGAGCAAUGUCAGCGUCUCACCGAACGACUUCAAAGUGCCCAGCAGCAAGUGCUUCAUUUGGAGGCGACUGCCGCAGGCCAGCAGCAGCAGCUGCAGGCGCUGGAGCAGCAGCUCGUUGAGGCCCGCGCCGCUGCUGCUGCUGCUACCGCUGCAGAAGCAACAGCGCAGCAAACGACUAUACAGCUGCAGCAGCAGCAUCAACACCAUAUCGAAGAAGCGCAGCGGCUGCAGCAGGAAAACAGGCGGCUGCAGCAGCAGCUGGAGGAGGUCACAGCAGCAGCACAGCAAGCCCAGCAGCAGCUCCAGGCGAGCAGCAGCCAGCAGCAGCAGCUGCAGCAGCAGCUGCAGCAGCUUAAAACGGAACACGCCAGCCGCUCUGCUGAAGUUGACCACCUCGUUCGCGAGCUCGAGAAAGGAAAUGCAGUGGUGGCGAAGCUGCAGCAGUCCGUGCGCAGCAGCAAGGCCAAGGCCAAGCAGUGUGCUGCAGAAGCUGCAGCAGCAGCUGCAGCCAAAGAGGAGUUGGAGGCAAAGCUGAAGGCGCUAGAGGAGGUGCAGCAGCAAGAGGAGCAACAGCAACACAAGCUGAAGCAGCAGCAGCAACAACAACAGCAGCAGCAACAAGCGCUGCAUGCGGAGUGCCAGAGCCUCGCGGCCCAGGUACAGAAACUGCAGGCGGAGCUGGAGGCGUCAAAAGAAAUGAAUGCGCGCCUCAACAAGGAACUGACGUCCCGCCAGCUGCAGCUGUACCUUGACCGCUACGCCCUGCCGCAGCAGCAACAGCAGCAGCAGCAACAGCAGCAGCAACAGCAGCAGCAGCAGCAAGCGGAUAAGAAUGCAGCGGGAGAGGCAGCGUCUGCUACCUUUGCUAAUGCUUCCCCUCCAACACCUCUAUCCCCGCGCCAGCAGCAGGUGCUGCCAUCAGUGCAGCAGCAGCUGUUCAUGCGCCAGCAGCAGUUUGCAGGAGCUGCGAUGGCAGCAGCAGCAGCAAUACCAGCAGCGGCAGCAGAGUCCACGGCCAAGCUUCUCGCUGCGCUGCGGCCAAUGCCUUCCCCGGAACGUCGCGUGUAG